AUGGCGUCCCAGGGCCAGGUGCACCUGAACCCCGAGUACGUAGGCCUCUGGGACUUUGAGGCCCGGACAGACGAGGAGCUGAGCUUCAGGGCGGGUGACCUCUUCCACGUGGCCAGGAAGGAGGAAGAGUGGUGGUGGGCCACGCUGCUGGACGAGGCGGGCCUGGCCCUGGCCGAGGGCUACGUGCCCCACAACUACCUGGCCGAGAAGGAGACAGUGGAGUCUGAGCCGUGGUUCUUUGGUCGAAUCUCCCGCUCAGAAGCCUUGCACAGACUGCAGGCCGAGGGCAACGGGCUGGGCGCCUUCCUGAUCAGGGUCAGCGAGAAGCCAGGCGCCGACUACGUCCUCUCGGUGCGGGACACGCAGGCCGUGCGGCACUACAAGAUCUGGCGGCGUGCUGGUCGGCUGCACCUCAACCAGGCCGUGUCCUUCCCCAGCUUGCCCGAGCUCGUGGACCACCACAAGGCCCACAGCCUGUCCCACGGCCUGCGGCUGACAGUGCCCUGCUGGAAGCACAAGCCUGAGCCCCUGCCCCACUGCGACGACUGGGAGAGGCCGAGGGAGGAGUUCACGCUUUGCAGGAAGCUGGGGUCUGGCUACUUCGGGGAGGUCUUCGAAGGGCUCUGGAAAGACCAGGUCCGAGUAGCCAUUAAGGUGAUCGCCCGAGAUGACCUCCUGCACCAGCACACAUUCCAGGCGGAGAUCCAGGCCAUGAAAAAGCUUCGGCACAAGCACAUCCUGGCACUGUACGCCGUGGCGUCCGUGGGGGACCCCGUGUACAUCAUCACUGAGCUCAUGCCCAAGGGGAGUCUGCUGCAGCUGCUGCGGGACUCCGACGAGAAAGCCCUGCCUGGCUCAGAGCUGGGUGACAUCGCAUCGCAGGUGGCCGAGGGCAUGUGCUACCUGGAAUCGCAGAAUUAUAUCCACCGGGACCUGGCUGCCAGGAACAUCCUCGUGGGGGAAAACCACAUCUGCAAGGUCGGGGACUUCGGGCUGGCCAGGCUCGUCAAGGAGAACAUCUAUCUUUCCCACAAUCACAACGUCCCCUACAAGUGGACCGCCCCCGAGGCGCUCUCUCAAGGGCAUUACUCCAUCAAAUCUGACGUCUGGUCCUUUGGGGUUCUCCUCCACGAGAUUUUCAGCAGGGGUCAGAUGCCCUAUCCAGGCAUGUCCAACCAUGAGGCCUUCCUGAAGGUGGAGGCGGGCUACCGCAUGCCCUGCCCCCUGGAGUGCCCGCCCACCACACACAAGCUGAUGCUGUCGUGCUGGCACAGGAACCCAGAGCAGAGGCCCUGCUUCAAAGCCCUGUGGGAGAAGCUCUCCAGCUUCACCAGAUACGAGAACCCGCACUGACCUCCGCCCUCCCUGCCG